AUGCUGCCGUACCUGUUCCCUGAGCUGUCCACCUUUGCUACAGUCGCCGAUCUUAUCACCCACCUUCGCACUAGUGAUGCUCGCCUGCGUGCCGCCCUUCCCACCGAGUUCUGCGCUAAGAACCCCCCUCCACUGUACUGGACACUCCACUUCAUAGUCACCCGUCUCCCUGACACCCUCAGCUCAGUUCGAGACCACUUCCUUGCUCGCUGUCCCACUGAGCUCACAGUCGCCCUCCUAGAGGAGCAGCUGCUAGCGGCCGAAAAGAGCAUUGUAGCUGUCGGUGCUGCUCGUGGCGCUCCUCGCACCCCCAUCUUUGAGGGGUGUUCUCCCUCUCCCCUCGCUCCCUCCUACGCUACUGCUGCUGCUGUUGACUUCCUUGGUGCUGAGUCUGUUGGCGCUGCUUCUGCUCCUGGUGGGAGGCGCCGCACCGGCAAGGGCAAGGGGGGCAAGGGUGGCGGGGGUGGCGCUGGGGGGGGAGGAGGUGGGGGAGGUGGGGGGGGAGGCGGUGCUGGAGGGAGCGGUGGCGGGAGCGCUGGUGGGAGUGGGGUCGGCGGUGGAGGCGGGGGCGGCGGAGGAAGCAGUGGCAGUAGUGGCGGCGGCGGCGGUGGCGGCGGUGGCGGUGGUGGCGGUGGUGGCGGUGGCGGUCGGAGCGGUGGUAGUGGUGGCGGCGGAGGUCGGAGUGGAGGCACUGGCUCGGGCCAGAGCUCCCAGCAGCAGCAGCGUCCCCAGACGACCCAGCAACUUCGUGAGUGGCUUGCUCAGCGUGGGACGUCGGGGGGCAGUGGCCGCUGUUCCUAUGUCAUUCGCACAGGUGACCGCAAGGGACAGACGUGUGGGAGGUUCCACACCCCGUACCGCUGCUUCUCCCGCCUUGACGACGCUUGGCGUGAGGAGAUGGGCGAGGAUGUUGAGCGCCCCCGCUGGGCUGAGCUCAUGAGGGCUGGUGUUGAUAUCUUUGCUCUUGACUAUGAUGCUAUUAUUGCUGCCAUGUAUGCAUUGACUGUUAGUGCCGAGGGAGACUGUUACUUGUGUGUGCCGCCUGACCCAGGUAUAGAGCCCGCUGCCCUGGGUACUAGUGAGUCUGCUCUCUCUGGUAUGGUGCCCCCUGUACUUGCUCCCUCCAGUGCUGUCCCGGCUGUUUGCGAGUCUGCUCUCUCAGGUACAGCACCCACAGAGACUGCUCUCUCAGGUACCGCACCGGCUGAGGCCUGUCACACCUUCACCCUUGACUCAGGUGCUUCCCGUUGUUUCUUUCGUGACAGUACUGAGCUCACACCGCUUCCUGCACCGGUCCCAGUCUCCUUGGCUGACCCCUCUGGGGGCCCAGUCCUUGCCCAGUCCACCACUGUCCUCCCUUGUCCGGCGGUUCCGUCUGGCUCGUUGUCGGGUUUCCACCUCCCCUCGUUCUCGACGAACCUGGUGAGCAACGCUGUCAUCCAGGAUCAGUGGGUUGACACCUUUACCCCUGGAGGACAGCGUGUGGCGAUCUGCACGUGCUCCAGGACCGGCCGUCACCUGGCUACGUUUACCCGUCGGCCGGGGUCGAGUCUCUACACACUGACCACUGCGUCUCCUCAGGUCGCUGCUGUCGGUCAGGUGUCCGCGUCAGGUCUGGUGGCCCACGCCUGUGAGUGUCGUUCCCUGUCGCACCAGACUCUUCUCUGGCACCACCGCCUGGGUCACCCCUCCUUGCCACGCCUCCGUGGCAUGCACCGUCGCCGCCUUGUGUCUGGUCUUCCCAGGUCCCUCCCUCCCCUCCCUGCCUCGCCUGCGCCGCCUUGCCUUCCUUGCGUCGAGGGGCGGCAGCGCGCCGCUCCUCACUCCUCCUCGUUCCCCCCGACAGAGGCUCCUCUGCAGACCCUCCACCUGGACGUGUGGGGCCCAGCCCGCGUUCGUGGCCAGGGCGGUGAGCGGUACUUCCUGCUGGUCGUCGACGACUACUCGCGUUACACCACGGUCUUCCCCUUGCGCACCAAGGGUGAGGUCCCUGCUGUUCUGAUCCCUUGGAUCCGCACAGUUCGUCUCCAGCUCCGCCGCCGUUUCCGGACGGAUCUUCCUGUCCUGCGUCUGCACUCUGACAGAGGUGGUGAGUUUUCCUCCGAUCUCUUGAGGACCUUCUGUCAGGCGGAGGGCAUCGAGCAGACCUUCACGCUUCCGGACUCCCCACAGCAGAAUGGGGUUGCUGAGCGCCGCAUUGGCCUGGUCAUGGAGGUCGCUCGUACCUCCUUGGUCCACGCGGCGGCUCCCCAUUUUCUGUGGCCGUUUGCUGUCCGGUACGCCGCGCAUCAGCUCAACCUCUGGCCCCGUGUCUCCUUGCCGGAGACCUCGCCCACACUGCGUUGGACGGGGGAGGUUGGCGAUGCGUCGCGCUUCCGGGUGUGGGGUGCUCGUGCCCUUGUCCGCGAUACGUCCGCGGACAAGCUCUCCUCCCGCACCAUUCCCUGUGUCUUCCUUGGCUUUGUCCCUGACGCGCCGGGCUGGCAGUUUUACCACCCCACCUCGCGCCGAGUCUUCGCCUCUCAGGAUGUCACCUUUGACGAGUCGGUCCCUUUUUACCGUCUCUUCCCCUACCGCACUGCCCCUCCCUCCCCCGCCGCUUUUCCUUGCUCCCAGUCCCCCUCCGGUAGACCCCCUUCCCCCUCAGGGUCCUGCUCCUUCAGGUGUCUCUCAGGUAGACCCUCCUCCCGUCGCUGA